AUGAUCAAGCUGAAUGAAAGCUCAGGGAGCCAAGUGACUGAAUUCAUUCUCAUGGGCAUCACAAACCAUCCUGGGCUUCAGGGCCCUCUGUUUGUUGUGUUUUUAUUCAACUUUAUGGCCAUAUCUCUUGGAAACCUGGGUAUCAUCAUCCUGACCAGUGUGGAUUCCCACCUCAAGACCCCCAUGUACUUCUUCCUCAGACAUCUGGCAUUUGUUGACCUUGGCUAUUCCACAGCUGUUGGGCCAAAAAUGCUUGUUGGUUUCAUAGAGGAGAGAAAUAUCAUUUCCUAUAGUGGAUGUGCAAUACAGCUAGCUUUCUUUGUGAUUUUUAUCACCAGUGAGCUUUUUAUCCUAUCAGCCAUGGCUUAUGACCGCUAUGUGGCUAUCUGUAAGCCCCUCCAUUAUAUGGUUAUUGUCUCAGACCGAGUAUGUUGGAUUUUGGUAGCUAUCUCAUACCUCUAUAGCAUCAUGGUAUCCCUGUUGGUCACAAUAAAGCUUUUUAAAUCAUCUUUCUGUAAAUCAAAUGUAAUAAGACAUUUCUACUGUGAUGGUCUCCCUCUAUUGUCCAUUAUAUGCUCAGACACCAAUGACAUUGUACUAAUCAUUAUGAUCUUUGCCACAUUUAAUUUUGUUUCUUCCCUCUUGAUUAUCCUUAUCUCCUACAUGCUCAUUCUUGUGGCCAUCCUCAGGAUGAAUUCUUCUGAGGUCAGGCACAAAGCCUUCUCCACCUGUGGCUCUCAUCUCACAGUGGUGAUUGUAUUCUAUGGGACACUUCUCUUCAUGUACCUGCAGCCCCAGUCUAGCCACUCCUUUCACACAGACAAGAUUGCUUCUGUCUUUUACACCCUGGUCAUCCCCCAUGCUUAA